AUGGGUGGGAAGCAGUCUCGCAGCACCUCCGACAAGGAUUCGAAUGAGCUGAGCGUGAGGCAAAGGAGCAGGAGUGCUGGGCGAGACGACCAGUCCAGCCUUUCCCCGGCUGCUGAGAGGAUCCGCAGACACACCACGGUGCACUUUGGCUAUAGCACCCUCAGCCUGGCCAUGCGGGGGCUCGAUGGGACCCCGGCUGAGCUCUGGGAGCUCCGAGAACUGCAAAAGCUAAACUUGUCCAUGAACUGCCUGUGCUCUCUGCCCCCUGCCCUGGGCACCCUGGACAAUCUGGUGGUCCUCAACCUGUGGGGUAACAACCUGUCCAGCCUCCCGCCCGAGAUCGGCCUCCUGAAGAAGCUGCGGGUGCUUUUUGCCUGCCGUAACCGCCUGAGCGAGGUCCCCGAGGAGCUGGGCUCCUGCGUCUGCCUGGAGGUGCUCAGCCUGGCCAACAACCAGAUCACAGGCCUCCCUGGCAGCUUGGCAACCAUGCACAAGCUGACAAAACUCAACCUCAGCCACAACCGCAUCGUUCACAUCCCUACCUGCGUCUAUAGCAUGAAGGGCCUGGUCUUUCUCCACCUGGCUUGCAACCGCCUGGAGACCAUUGCGGACCAGAUCCAGGACUUGGUUAACCUAAAGAUCCUCAUCGUGGAGGGAAACAGCAUCCACACGCUGCCGAAGACGCUGUGCUUCCUGGAGUCUUUAGAACUUCUCAAUGUUGACUUCAAUGACCUGCAAAAUGUGCCAGUGGAAAUGUACCUGCUGAGCAGGCUUGGGAGGUUGGCCUGCCACCCGCUGGAUAAAGGACUUCAUAUUAUUCACAACCCCCUCCUCAAGCCAAUCCAGGAGGUGCUGCAGGGAGGACUCAGUGCCCUCUAUAACUACCUCAAGCCCACAUGA